AGGUGGAGAACGGUGGAGAAAAGACCCCGGAACCUCCAGGAAAAAUCAAGGAAUUGCUGAAGGACAUCCAAGACAUUCUCCCUGACGAUCUUCCGAACGAGCUACUGCCAUACCGAACGCAUCAACACGAGAUCGUGGAGGAGCCAGGUUCGAAGCUGACCUUCCGAGCACCAUAUCGGCUCAGCCCCACUGAGCUAGCUGACAUGAAGAAACAGAUCGAGUAUCUCCUCGCCAAAGGACUAAUCCGACCAUCCACGUUGCCAUACGGUGCCCCAGUGCUCUUCACACCGCAACCGGAUGGAAGCCUGCGCAUGUGUAUCGACUACCAAACUCUUAACAAGCAGACCAUCAAGAAUAAGUAUCCGAUACCUGGGAUCGAUGACCUGCUUGACCAGCUUCGGGGAGCUACGGUAUUUUCCAAACUAGAUCUGCGGUCCAGAUACUGGCAGAUACGAAUGGCGGACAACUCCAUCCACAAAACCGCUUUCCGAACUCGGUACGGAUCGUACGAGUAUUUGGUCAUGCCGUUCGGACUCACCAACGCACCAGCAACGUUCCAAGCUGAAAUGAACCACAUUCUACGCCCACUCUUGGACGAGUGCGUGGUGGUGUACCUGGAUGACAUCCUCAUCUACUCACACGACAUGAAGCAGCACGUCGAACACCUGCGACGCGUCUUCGAAAUUCUUCGACGGGAACGAUUCUACGUCAAGCUAUCCAAGAGCGAAUUCGCCCUCAAGAAAGUCCAAUUCCUAGAACAUAUGAUGAGCGCUCAAGGAGUUCACGUCGACCCUAACAAGAUUGAAGCCGUACGUACGUGGAAGGCACCCGAGAACAUGAAGGAGUUGCAGCAAUUCCUAGGCUUCGCUAAUUUUUACAACAGGUUCGUGCCACAGUACGCGAAAAUCGCAACGCCACUCAAGAAGAACACGCCCUACAAGUGGGAGUCAAAGCACCAAGAGGCCAUGGAGCAGCUGAAACAAGCACUCACGUUCGCACCAGUACUCAUCUUGCCAAAUCUUGAACGCGACUGCGUCAUUGAAGCUGACGCCAGCGAACAGGCAGUGGGAGCAGUCUUGAUGCAAGACCAGGGGAAUGGACUGCAACCAAUCGCCUACCUCAGCAAGAAACUACAUGGGGAAAAAACUAAACUACCCGAUUCACGACAAAGAGGCCCUUGCUAUUAUUAUCGCCUUCAAAGCGUGGAGAUAGGUGGAGAACGGUGGAGAGAAGACCUCGGAACCUCCAGGAAAAUCAAGGAAUUGCUGAAGGAGUUCCAAGACAUUCUCCCUGACGAUCUUCCAAACGAGCUACUGCCAUCCCGAACGCAUCAACACGAGAUCGUGGAGGAACCAGGUUCGAAGCCGACCUUCCGAGCACCAUAUCGGCUCAGCCCCACUGAGCUAGCCGACAUGAAAAAACAGAUCGAGUAUCUCCUCGCCAAAGGACUCAUUCGACCAUCCACGUUGCCAUACGGUGCCCCGGUGCUCUUCACACCGAAACCGGACGGAAGCUUGCGCAUGUGUAUCGACUACCGAGCUCUCAACAAACAGACCAUCAAGAACAAAUAUCCGAUACCACGAAUCGAUGACCUGCUUGACCAGCUUCAGGGAGCUACGGUAUUUUCCAAAUUGGAUCUGCGGUCCGGAAAUUGGCAGAUACGGAUGGCGGACAAUUCCAUCCACAAGACGGCCUUCCGAACUCGGUACGGGUCGUACGAGUAUUUGGUCAUGCCAUUCGGACUCACCAACGCACCAGCAACGUUCCAAGCCGAAAUCAACCACAUUCUACGCCCACUCUUGGACGAGUGCGUGGUGGUGUACCUGGACGACAUCCUCAUCUACUCACGCGACAUGAAGCUGCAUGUCGAACACUUGCCAUGCUGGGACAAUGACAUUGCGUACCGGAAAGGAUCAACGAAAAUCUGGGUACCUAAUUACCCUCCUUUGCGCCAGUUACUACUCGAAGAAUACCACGACGUCCUAUACGCCGGACACUCCGGUAGCAACAAGACGCUGACCGGUAUCGCAAAACACUACUACUGGCCCCACUUGGCAGACGAUGUCCAGAAAUUCGUCACCUCAUGCGACACAUGUCAACGGAUGAAGAGCAGCAAACAGAAGAAGGCGGGACUACUGCAGCCUCUUCCUGUCCCAGAACAACCAUGGCAAGUGGUCAGCCUAGACUUCAUCACCGGGUUACCACCUACCACCAGCGGUCGUGACGACAUCCUUGUCGUCAUCGACAAAUUCUCCAAAAUGGGACACUUCAUCCCGACGCACACGAUAGCACGCACUGAAGAAACGGCACAGCUCUUCAUUCGAUACAUCAUCUCACAGCAUGGCAUUCCAACCUCACUCAUCUCCUACCGAGACCGCAAGUUCACCAGCAAGUUCUGGAAAGAACUCAUGUCUCUACUCGGAACAAAACUCGCCAUGUCAUCCGCCUACCAUCCGCAGACAGACGGACAGACCGAGCGCCUCAACCAGAUUGUCGAGCAACUCCUCCGAGCAGCCUGCAAGGACGAGAUAUCCAAAUGGGACUUGCACCUGCCCGUUCUAGAGUUUGCUUACAAUAACGCGACACAUGCCGCUUUUGGACAGACGCCGCUCUUCCUCUGCUACGGAUGCCACCCACUCACACCACAGAAACCGGCCACAUCAGCUACAAUUAAAAUGUAAUCGCCAUGGCAAGUAGUGAGCCUAGACUUCAUGACUAGGUUACCAUCUACCACUAGCGGUCAUGACGCUAUCCUUGUCGUCAUUGACAAAUUCUCCACAAUGGGGCACUUUGCCCUGACACCCACGACAGCGCGCACUGAGGAGACGGCACAAAUAUUUGAUUGUCACAUCAUCUUCCAAUAUGGCAUUCCAACCACACUCAUCUCCGACCGAGACCCUGAGUUCACCAGCAAGUUUAGGAAGGAACUUAUGUCUCUCCUCAGUACCGAACUCGUCAUGUCAUCCGCCUACCAUCCACAGUCCGACGAACAAACACAAUGCUUUAACCAAAUUGUGGAUCAACUCCUAUGCGCAGCCUGCAAGGACAACAUCCCAUGUAUUUGUGAUGAUAGAUCUUGAGAAGAUCUUUCCGAUGCAACGAGAAUCCCUUCAAUCGGAGCAAGAACGCGAAAGCUAUGAAGAUUCAACGUUCAUGAGCUUGCGUUACAAUUGCGGCGGUUACAAAGUGAAGUUGUGGGGUGACUCUAUAUGG